UAUCAAUACAAUAUCAUUGUCGAUUGUCGUCCGCGUUCGGAACUCGUUGGUCACUCGUUAAUCGAUCUUCCCCGACCGAUCGUCGGCGUGUGCUCAAAUUUUUCGGCGGCGACGCCGUCGUCCUUGACGGACCCAAUAUCAUUCGCAUGAUAACGCGCGUUUAUUGUUUACUCUUUACUCAGUUUUCCACUGUCGUCCGUCGUGUCUGUUUCCAAUUAAACGACGCUAAUUGCCGCUCACGGUCUUUUUUCUAGGUAUGUGAUUUUAUAAUACUGUCCACCGAGCUGCAGUCGUACAACUUUAUGCGUGUGCGUGCGUCAACAACAACAAUAAUAUUGUUACCCAUAAUGGUAUGAAAGAAAGUUCGUGCAAACCCGCAAAGGCGACAGCGGAUAAGUCGCACGAUAAUAACAACAACGCAAUGCUGCAUACCUCAAGGCGAGUACUAUUAUUAUUAUUAUUAUUUCGUAAACCGACACUACCCACUUCUAGUGGGCGUAUGUUUUAAUUCGUUUUUCUUCGGGGAACCAUAUGGUCUUUAUGUCGAACGUUACACAUCGCUCACUGUCUGUGAAUAGUACCGUCCAUGGUGUUAAUGGCCCAAUCUUUUUGGCAACAGGUAUACGAAACGAGACACCGAAGUAGUGAGCCCUCCGGCGCUGGCUCAAAUGGAAAAUGAUUACAUCGACGAAGAUGAAGACAAUUACUCAGAGGCCAGCUCUUCAAUGGCACCCAACGGUUCUGUAGUUUCUACUGUGCCAGACAAACAUGGCUUCUUAGGUGGAGCCCAAUACCUGCACGAGUCGUAAGUCAUACGACAUUUUGUUUGUAAACUUAUUAUUUUUGAUUUCUAGUUCACUGAAUAAAUUUAUUGUUUUGCCAAUGACUAAUACGCUUCCUUAAGUCAAAUUGCAAUUUUUGUAGACAAUUGGAAAUGCAUACUUUUACUAUUAUUACAUUUAAAUUAGGCUAUUUUUUUUUUUUUGAAACUAUCUAGGUAUCUAUAUAAUUAUCUUUAUAAAAACCUCAAUAGGCCACAAUUUUAAAUAUUCUAGAUGACGUUCGAUAUUGACUUAUAUUGUCAAUAUAAAAACAAAUCUCAUUUAUAUCACACAAGUGGGAUAGCUACUUUUAUCUCGCCCUCCACAUCAGCUUCACAUCCAUUACCAUUCUUUUUCUAUUUUACAUGUCCACGCAUCUUUGUAACCCGAUAACCUAUUUCCAGUUUUUCUUUGCCUUACCCCUUCCUGGCUUUUAUUUACCUAUUUUUCUCAUUGUUAGACCUUUCGUUAUGUCCAUACCAUAUCUAUUCGCCUUUGUUCUUUUCUGCUAUAUUUACUACUCCUAGACUACCUAUCUCUUAAUUUUUUUUUUUUCUAAUUGUUUUUACAAACAAACACUUUUAAACUUUUACAUAGAUAGUAGUUAACAAUAUUAUAACAUUAGUUGCAAUUAGAGAAAAAACAAAAUAUAACAAUAAUUGCUUUAGAACACGUAAAAAUGGUCCAUUGUGUGGUUCAUCGAUCAACUAAAAAAACAUUACAAAACAUAGGGUCAUAAGAUAUUUUAGUGUAGAAAGAUAAAAUAAGUCCUGUUACCUUAUGUUUUCCUAAAUAGUACAUGAACAGGCAGAGAAAUAGGUUUAUUUUAAUUAAAUAUAAUAAUAUUAUGAAAUAAUAAUAAUUCACAUAUUUUGUUCAUUACAUUCUUAUUCCUCUACGCUACCUAUAUUUGUGUAUGUAACCUAAUUUUUUUUUUGGAGUUUAAUUGGUGUACUACUUACUACUUACUUAAUACUUCAGUACUUCGUAUUUUGUCUAACACUUAAAUUAAUAAUUUAUAAUUAUAGGUAUACUUAACCCUGGUUAAAGUCUGUUAAAAAAAAAAAUUCAAAAUAUCAGGAAACGCCAAAUACAAAUAUUUUCCAUCCCUCCCAUCUUGUCAAUGUUUUGUGUUUGAAAUUCAGAUUUUCUCAUUUCUUGCAGAGAAUGAUAGGUUUAAUAAAAGUUCUCAUUGGCGAUCUUAGACAAAUUUUUAUCUCUUUUAUAAUACAUAUAUUUUCCAUUCCCCUUCCUUGCCCUGUUCUCCAUUUAGAAUUAACAUUUCAAUUUCCUGCAAAAAUAAACGAGAUUUUAACACUUAUUCGUUACCUACCCAAAAGCCAUGCCAUUGAAGAAAAGGGUUAAAAUUUUGAAAUAUUGAAAUUCUGAUUGUUCUGCGUUUUAUUUGGACUCUAUACUAAUAGAAAAGCACUAUAGUAUUUUCCGAUAUUUAUAUGUUUAGUUUUGAUCCCAAGAGCUAAACAGCGUCUGUGAAUUAUGCAAUUUUUCCAAUUUCUCGAAUGUACACAUCGAAACCCAUUGUUUGUUGGCGGGGCAUGAGAAAAUCAAAAAUUGUAUGACUGGCCAUUUAUCAGAAGAGGCCCACAAAGAAUAUAUGCAUUUGGCAUUUUUCGAUAUUUUAAAUUUUUCUUCUACCUCAAUAGCCAGAUAUCAACACAUUUUUCAUUAAUGUGAAAAUCUAUAGUCUUAUAGAUUUAGGUUCUGUAAAUGAAAUAGUUUUAUUCAAAAUUGAAUUACUUACCUGCCUAAUUAUAUAUAUUGCAUUGAAUGUAGAAAAAUAGUAAAUUGUAAACAUAAUAAUUACCUAAAUAUUUGUUGCUAUUUAUGUAAUACCUCAAAAGGAGAACCCUAAAUGUAAUAUGUUAGAACAGGCUUUGUAUUCAAUUGUAAUUGGAAAAUUUAUAUUAGGAUUUUAAGGCCUCUGCUGAAUAUUUAUAAAUGUUUUCAUUGUGAAACUUUCACAAACCGUUUAAUCAAAAACACUAAGUUUUAGUUUUAAAAUUCAGUUAUUAAAAGUUUCUUUGCUUCAAAACAUAUUUAAAAUGAUUUCUUCAAUAUAAAAACUACAUCACAAAACAUAAUAAAACUGCUCUUUCAAUUAUUUAAGGAUUGAUUACUAGUACCAAUUUGUUUAAUCAUAUUAUUGCAGUUAGAUUAGGUAUUUAUAACGUAACUGUGAAUACUGACAAUGAAGUUAAAUCCUGUUUUGGUUAUUAGCUAUUUGGUAUGCUCUAGUGUGUGCAAUCCAUACUUCCUGUUUGAUUCGGUAUAAUUUUGCAUUUAAGGCUAUUGUAUAACAACAGCAUUGCAGUUUGAUAAAUAUUAUUUAUAUUUUGUUUCUAUUACCUAGUAAUAGUAUACAAAAGAGAAGUGUGUUCGAUUUCUUUUUAACUUGUUCUCAUGAAAGAAUAAUGCAAUUAUUUUUACUUUCUAAUGAAAACUUUUAUAUCUGAUUACCAUGUGAAUUAAUAAUAAAAUUGUAUGAUUGUAGGAAACACUUAAUAUCGCCUAACACAACCAAAAAACGCGAACAAAAAUGGCUUAAUAUGACUGCCAAUUGGGAUAGAUAUAUGGCUAAAAAUUUUAAAAAAGUAAUUUGGACUGAAAAUAAGUUUUAUUAUUGAAUUAUAAUAUAUAAUAAUUAAUUCAUAGGUACAAAACAGAUGUCGAAAAGGAAUACCCCAAUCAAUAAGGCCACGGGCUUGGUUGUAUUUAACUAAAGCAAAUAAAUUGUUACAAAACAAUGAACAUUAUUACUACGAAUUGUGUGACCGAACCGGAGAUCGUAUAUGGAUUGAGGACAUAAGAAAAGAUCUGCAUCGACAGUUCCCUUACCACGAAAUGUUUGUCAAUCAAGAUGGAACUGGGUAAAAUUAUUUACAAAUGUUAAUUAAAUAAAUGUCACAAGUUUGCCAAUGGUCUCUUUUAAUUUUAAAAUUGUUUUUUAAAAUUGAAUAAUAUAUAAUACUUACAUUAUGUGAAUUAGAAAAUAUUUUGGCCAUAGGUUUCACUUGAGACAAAUGGAAAAUUAAAAGUAUAGUGAUAUCAUUGGAAUUCCUAGAAUUUUUAAAUAGGUGGUAGGGUUAAACUAUGAGUAAUUGUUGCUAAACCCUUAAAUUUAAUAUACUUGAUUACUUUUUGAAUAUAAAUAAUUCUAUCACAAAAUUGUAACAAUUAAUUACUAAAUUAAUUAAUAUUUUUAUAUAUGUAGCCAAAAAGAGUUGUUCAAUGUUCUCAAAGCAUAUACAAUAUUAAAACCUGACGUUGGAUAUUGUCAAGCACAAGCACCAAUUGCUGCAUUUUUAUUAAUGCACUUGCCAGCCGAACAAGCUUUCUGGUGUUUCGUAGCUAUUUGCGAUGAUUAUCUGAGUAAUUACUAUUGUCCAGGAAUGGUGAAUGAUUUUAAAGAAAUGUAUGUAAUUAUCAAUGUGUAAAUUACUCAUUUUACAUUUUUUUAAGGAAACACUGAUUCAAGAUGGUAACAUACUUUUUUCAUUAUUAAAGGAACGUGAACCUCAUAUAUACAAACUUUUGGUAUGCCGCAUUACAUCAAACUAUAUUUACAGUAUCUAAUUAUUUCUAAUGUAUUGAAUUUUAGAGAAAACAGAGUAUUGAUCCAAUUAUGUACAUGACUGAAUGGUUUUUAUGUGCUUUCACAAGAACAUUACCCUGGCCAACCUUAUUGAGAUUUUGGGACGUAUUUUUAUUUGAUGGUAAAUAUAUUUUUAUGAUCAUUUUUUAAAAAACUCAUUAUAUGUAUUUAAUUUUAAUUGUUUUAGGUGUCAAAACACUAUUCAAAAUGGGUUUAAUUUUGAUUAAAAUAUCAUUACGAGAAAAAUCAUAUACUAGUCUCAAAAAACGUUUUCCUACUAUGUGCGAAACUUUAGAAGCUUUAAGAAACCCACCAGUAGAUUUACUAGAAGAAGAGAGAAUUAUUAAAAAGGUAAUGUUUUUUUUCAAUCUACAAUAAAAAUUGUCUUUUUUUUUAUUAUCAUUAUUAUUAGCUCAUUCAAAUGGAAAUACCUGAAGAUACAUUUAAAUAUUACCAUAAACAACAAGAAACGUUACUGAGACGAAAAACAAAAGAAAUUCAAAGACCUCGAGAAACAGAUGUUUUCUAAAACUGUGCAAUGUAUUUAAAAAAUAUUAAGUUACCUAAAGGAAAACAGGUUAUUACUUAUUAAUAAGUAUUAUUAUAUAAAUUAGGGAUGGGUGGACUUUCAAACACCUUGGAUUUUAGAAUUUAAUGAACUCAAAACAGUUUAUUACUUCAAAAGAGCUGUACAAAUAAUUUAAGCUAGAGAACUGCUUAUAUAAUACAAAUGGAAAACUACUCUUAUAAGUGUUUCUGGGGACUCACUAUUUUGUUAUUAUAAAGUAUAAAAUAAUAGCAGUGAUAACUAAGUGAAUUAAUAGUGCUACACAACCAUAAUUUACACAGAUCCGAAUAUUACUUUUAUAUACCUAAUUAUAUUAUAUUCAAAUCAAUUUAUUUUUUAUAAAUAACUAUUAUCUGAAAAUAAUGCAGAAAAAUAGACAUGAGGGUGGUCAAAUUAAUUAUUAUUUUAUUAUAAAAAAUAUAUAUAUUUUUAAGUUUAAAUGAGACUUAAUUUUAACAAAUUGAUCAAAAUAGAUUCUGUUCUGGAUAAUAAUGAAAUUCUACCCAUCUCUAAUACUAUUAAACUGGUCCUAUAAUGUUAUAGAAAAAUAAAAUAUUUUUACUAUUGUUAUCAGUCUUCCAUUAUUACAUUAUUAUUAUUAUUAUUAAUAUUAUUACUAUUGUUAAAUGUUUUAAUAUAUAUUUUGUUAUUUCAUUUAGUACUCAAAUACAAUUGUUGACUAAUAUUUUUUUUAAACCUGUUAAUCAAUAUUCAGUUGGUGCUUAGAGUGUAAAUAAAAUAAUCAUAUUUUCUAGUCAAUGACCUUUGUUAGUAUAGCCUUUUGCAUUAAUAUAUUUCUUGAAUAAUUGGCAUUGUCUUUUGCACUCUGCGGCAACAUUUUUCAAUAAAUUAACAAUUUUGUUUAUCUACAUUGCAAAUUAAACAUCCAUAAUUAAAUUCUUGUAUGCAAAAUAUUUAGGAUUCCAUCAUUUACCUUCAAUUUUCCUUAUAAAAUUACCUAUUGAAUACUGUUAUUAAAUUUUUAUAACCAAUUUUGAUAACCAUAACCAUCAACAAGUCAAAUAAUUUAUUUCAAAAUUAAAUGUUUUUGAUUCAAUAUUGUUGUAUAUUAUGUUAUGUUUGAGAAUAAUUUUCUAAAGAAUACGAUUCACUAAUUUAAAACAAGUGUAUACAAUUUGACCAAAUUUUAUUGUCAAAACUAUCAAACAUCUUUCAAAAUGGCGUGCAUUUAACAUGCCUGCCUUAUGUGGUGCAUACUAAUGACCUUACUAAUUUAAGAAAUAAUGUAAAUUUACGACAUGAUUUCUUUAGACAACUAAAUUUUGUUUAGUCAAUUACACAAUACAACUAUUUUCUUAUUUAUGAAUACAUUUUUUUAUUUUUUAUCAUUAUUAGUUAAUUAUCAAUUUUAAUAUUUUUGUUAAUAAUAAGGUAAGGUAUUGUUUCACCUAACAAUGUUUAAUUAUUUAUUUUGUUUUUAUUUUAUCUAGGAACUUCUAUCUGGAAACCCUCCACUUCUGUAGAGGUGAGAAUCUUGCACUUAUAACUUAUUAUGGGUUUGCCCUUAUAGAUAAAUUGAGUUGUAUACAAUUAUUAUUAUUUUUAUUUACACCUCCCUCACUUAUUUUUUUUCAUUCAAUAUACUGAUACGGGCAAAGCAAAAUAGGAAUUAAAGUAAAAAGAAAUUUGCAUAUGAGUGGACAGCAAGUUCUGAAUAAAAAUUUAAAAUAAAUUAUCAUAAUAUGUACUAUACAUUUUUUACUGUUUUAUUUACAGAAUAUAAAUUUAAAAAACAAAAAUGACAGAAAUAUUUUACUUUUUCUAUUAAAAAUUAAAGUAAUGACUUUUUUUUGCAUAUCUACCCUCUUAGUCAAAAUUGUUUUAUUAUUUAAUUAAUUUAACAAGGGAAGAACAAAUAAAAUUUCAGGAAGCUAUCCCCCCCCCCCGUAAUUUACCUGGAUUCAACACUGGUUGUGAAAGGAAAUUUUACAACUAGGUUUUUAGCAAUUAAUUUAUUGUUUACAUUCUACAUUUUUUAGUUUAAUACAAAAUAUAAACCCUUUUAUGUAGUUUUUAAAGAUUGUAAGACAGUGUAAUGAAUUAAUUGCAUUUAAAAAAAAAAAACUUUAUUUGCUUAAUUAAUUACAUUCUAAUUAGCAUUUAGUUGUUUUACAAUUGCAAAGUAUAAAUUAUCAAUAACAGCUCUACAUACUAUAGCCAAGUAAGUGGUAUUCAUAGUUCAUUUGUUUACUCGUAUUUAGCAGCAAUAUCUUUCCAUUGUUU